GAUAUGACACAACUUUCUACGGCGGAAGUUGAAGAAUGGCUCGAUUCGCAUCCGGAUUUAUGUUUAGAUUAUUUUCUUAGAAAAGCCGAACUUGCUGCUAUAAACGCUUGGCUCGUAUCUCACGGAUUUUUAACCAUAAAUGAUUACGUAUCGAGCAGCAGAAGAAAUUCAGUGUACAUUUACAAGAAAUUAAUUUCAAUAGGUUCUUCUGGAAAUACUUCUCCGAAUGUGGGUCCGUUCUUUUCAUCAGACGAUACCAAUUCUUCGAAUUCCAUUUCAGGAGUUUCCUUUGGAAAAUCAUCACAAACGAACGGGUCGUCACAUCGUAGAAACAGUUCGAAAAGAUGUCUCCGACACGAUUUUGCAAGAGCCAAAAGUAAAAGCAUGUUUAGAACUCACGAACCCUUGGGUCACGAAAUAUCUAGUUCCACGUCAAGGAGAAAUUCGCUCAAGGAUAUGAGAAAGUAUACGUCACUACCUCCGAAUUCGGUUAACAUGUUGUCGCUACUGAUUGAAUCAAAAGUUCGACUUCCGCAAUAUUAUCCACUUCACAACAGAGCGACAAAAAGAGAUCUUUUGGCGACACAGGGUGAAAAAGAAUUUUUUUUAAGCAUUGUCAGAGAUAUUGCGACGGAAUUGGAUUUAAAAUCUCUUUCCCAUAAGACUGUGGAUAAUUUGGCGGUUUUAUUAGACACAGACGGUGCGUCUUUGUUUCUCGUUGAAGGACACAAGGGAGGAAGGCAAAAAUUAGUUUCGAAAGUUUUCGACGUACACAGCGGUGCUAGUACGUUUUUACUUCCGGGUGGUAAAAAUACCGGAAACGACAACGAAGUACAAGUACCCUGGGGAGUCGGAGUUUUAGGUCACGUGGCCGAUACCGGAGAAACUGUUAAUUUACAAGUGGCUUGCGAGGAUUCCAGGUUCGACGAUGAAGUUGACAGGAUAACCGGAUAUCACACGGAAACGUUACUUUGCAUGCCUGUUAAAAAUGCAUAUGACGAAAUAAUAGCCGUGGCACAAGUGAUAAAUAAAAAUCCGGAAGUGGAUUGCGGUUAUUUUACGAAAAAAGACGAAAAAAUAUUUGAAACUUAUCUUCAAUUUGUUGGUAUAGCGAUAACAAACGCUCAAAUUAUGGAAACAUCAAGACAGGAAUACGAUAGGAACAGAAACCUUUUGGAAGUAGUACACGAUUUAUUCGAAGAGCAAACGUCAUUGGAAAAAGUCAUAUUGAAAAUAAUGCAAAGGACUCAAGUCCUUUUGGAAUGUCAAAAAGCAUCCGUUUUACUUUUGGACGACAAUUCGGAAACGGUUAAAUUUUCAAAAUUAUUCGAAUUAACGAGUCCGAUAAACGGUCAUUCGAACCCGACGACGACGCAAUCGAAAGAAAAUUUUGAAAAUGCAUCGAGAUACAUGUUGGCGCUCGCGGAAAAAGUUGCAACUUCCGGUGAAGUUUUAAACGUUGCCGAAUGUUUGGAAGUGGAAAAAGGAAGCGGAGGAGAUAUAAAAAGCAUAUUGGCGAUGCCUAUAAGAAAUUCUAAAUAUCAAAUAAUCGGUGUUGCCACGAUUGUAAACAAAUUGAGCGGAAAUCCUUUCGAUGAAAACGACGUUCAAUUAUUCGAAGCUUUCACCAUUUUUUGCGGUCUCGGAAUACACAACACGAUUAUGUAUAGCGAAGUGGAAAAAGCGAUGGCGCGACAAAAAGUCGCAAUAGAAGUUUUGUCGUAUCACGCGACGGCGAGCAAUAAAGAAUUGGAUGCUCUCAUGGAAAAACCCGUGGCGUGUGCAGACGAAUUGAAUUUAUAUUCGUUAAAUUUCGACGAUUUUUCAUUGGACGACGACGAAAUGGUUCUCGGUGCGGCAUCCAUGUUUCUACAAUUGGGACUCGUCAAAAGGUUCAUUAUUGAAAAGACGACCCUGUACAGGUUUUUGAUAACUGUUAAAAAAAAUUACAGAGACGUACCUUAUCACAAUUGGAGACACGCAUUUAACGUGUCACAAGUUAUGUUUGCCAUAUUGAUGGGAUGCGAAAUGAAAGGAACGUUUAGCGAUUUGGAAGUUCUCGGAAUGUUUGUCGGUUGUUUAUGUCACGAUUUGGAUCAUCGCGGAACGAACAAUUCGUUUCAACAAAAAACCGGAUCGGCUUUGGCUCUUCUUUACGGCACGACAAACACGAUGGAACAUCAUCAUUUCAAUCAUGCCGUCAUGAUAUUAAGUUCGGAAAGUCACAACAUAUUUUCUGGACUUUCUCCAGAAAAUUAUUCCAAAGUUAUGAAAGUUCUUAAACACAGCAUACUAGCAACGGAUUUAUCAGUUUAUUUCGAGCUCAGGCCAAAAUUUUUUAAAUUAGUCGAAACGAAAUCGUAUAGUUGGGGACUGGAAGAACAUCGGGAACUUUUACGUUCGAUGUUGAUGACGGCAAGCGAUUUAGCAGCUUCCUGUAAGUCUUGGAACGUUCAACAGAGGGUCGCUAAUUUGGUGACGGCCGAAUUUCUCGUACAAGGAGAUAAAGAAAGAAAAGAAUUACACAUAACUCCUCAACCACUCAUGGAUAGGGAAAAACAACACGAAUUACCACAGUUGCAAAUACGAUGGAUCGCGGAUAUAUGUUUACCACUUUACGAGUCUUUGGGUCAAAUGAAUCCAAAAUUAAACGUUAUGACGGAAGGAGCUGCGGAAAAUAUGAAACAGUGGCAAAAAAUCGUAGAUGAAAAAAAUUAUGACAAACCGGAAAUGGAUUACGAUCGGAAAAUCUAG